AUGUUGAUGCUGAACGGCUACAUCAGCCAGUUCGCCUAUGCGGGACAGAUCGACGGCGAGAUUCAAGGCUCCCAGUUCCGUCUACAAGGCGGGGGUCCCCAUGGACAUUUUAGCUAUCUUAGCCUGAACAUCGAAGAGAUGUUGCUCACAGGGGUUCCUCAAUAUCCCGUUGAGCGGACACUGCUGACGACCGGCGUAUUGGACGCGGCGAUGCGCUCAAGGUAUGAGGGACAUAUUCGCAUAGAAACACCACAUUUGGCAGAUCUCUCUUAUCGUUCUUACGAGCAGUUGCCGAUUCGACCAAUGGGACCGGAACCCAGUGGAUCGACAUUGGACCCUUGGCCCCCGGAUGCGCCCGAUAGCUAA